GCGGGUCGCGGCGGCGCCACGGAAGCGGACGGGGCCGACCUUCAAGUCUAUGGACCAGUUAUUUUAAUGAAAGUUGUAAAUUACUUUAAAUAGCAUGGUGAAUUCUAAGGAAGAAGCAGCUGCUGUGUUGAGCCACUUUUAACUGAGGACUGAAAAUGCCAGCAGUUGAAAGUGAGGCAAAGGCAAAAACCAAAGUCCGCUUUGAGGAGAUCUUCAGACGUCAUGCUGGCCUAACAGACACAAAGAAAUCAAAGAAAAAUAAGUUUCACUCUCAAGAGAAUAUUAUGCUUGACACCUUUAGAAGUAAUGUUGAUCUAGCUAAGGAAAGUGUGAAUGAUGAAGCAAUUAUAAACAACACAUAUAAUCCUGAAGAAGACAGUCCCCGGUUUACAAAAAAUAAACUGAGAGAGAAAGCCUCAAUUGCAGAGAAAAUAAACAAUGAUAUUGUUAGUGGAGAGGAGAACAAAAAACCAAAGUCUAACAAGAAGAAAAAGAAAUCACUGUUACAAGAACAACUUAAUGAGGAGGAAAAUUUAUAUGAAGCUAAAUUGGAGAGUUUUGAGAAAAAGAUUAAUGAUUUCCCAAAGAAGAAAACAAAAAGUAAAUCACAAACAGAUGUAUCUCAUCAAGAAGGUGAUAGAAAGAUUAAAAAUUCCUUGACUGAAGCAAGAAAUGUAACUGAAUUAGAAGAGGAAGAAGAGCUAAUUCGAGCCUAUCAGCUGCAUGUGGCGGAGGAUGAGGCAAAUGCAAUUAAAAAGAAAAUAAGAAUGAAACUUAAAGAACAGAUGUCUGAAUUUACCUCCACUGUUCAAAGCCAUGAAGUUGUAUUGAACAGUGAAGUGGGCAAAAAGAAGAAAAAGAAGAAAGAAAUAGCAGCUUUAAGUGAAGCUGAAACAAGUGCAAUGUCCCUUUCUGAGCUACAGCAUCAUCCAGUAGAAGAUGGCAAUGAAAAUCAGUCAUUGGAAGAACAGAAACUAGAGGAAAGCAUGGAAAACCAGAAACCUAAAGCAAAGAAAGUUAAAAAGAAAACCAGAAAAGAAGAAAAUACACAAGUGGCUGUAGAAAAUGACGAGGAAAUGAAGAAUUCAGAAAUCUCAACUCAGUCUAAAUUUGGUGUUGAUGAUGGUCGUGUGUUGGGAGUUUAUAUCCAUCGAUCUGAUCGACUUAAAACUGAUCUCCUGGUAUCUCAUCCCAUGGUUAAAAUCCAUGUUGUUGAUCAGAGAAGUGGCUUAUACGUCAAGAAGGAUCAUAGCAAGAGGAAAGUUUCAUCUUAUUAUGAACAAGAACAAAUAGAGCACGUUCUUCCCAUUAUGACACAGCCAUAUGACUUCAGACAGUCUAAAUCAACGAUUCCAGAGUGGGAGGAGCAAGUCAUAUUUAAUGAGUGUUUUAGUUAUUUUAUUCAAAACACUGAAGAAAGCCCUCGGGUAAUCCUGUUUUUUGAGAUCCUUGAUUUUCUAAGUAUGGAUGGAGUGAGAGCCAACUCUGAUGUACAAAUUCAGGAACGUGGUUUCCGAAAAAUUUGUUGGGCUUUUCUAAAGCUUGUAGGUGCAAAUGGAGUUCUAAACAUUGAUGGAAAACUCCGUCUGCAGUUAUAUUACCCACCUCCGAGGACCAAGUCACAUUCAAAUGUUGUUGAGGUCUAUAACUGGUGGGCAAAAUGUCCUAGAAAUCGUUACCCAUCAACUUUAUAUGUAACUGUUAGAGGCAUAAAACUGCCAGAUCAUGUUGCUCCUUCUUUCCGCUCUAUGAUAGCUGUUCAGCAGGAACAAAGUAGUGCAACACUAUGUGAGCUCCAGAGAGAGGGAUCUAAAAAAUCAUGUGAACCUUUUCCAGAGGAGAAGAAGGAGCCAUUUAAAUGGACAAGAUUGCCUGGACAGGCUUGCCGCAUACCAAACAAGCAUCUGUUUUCACUGCGAGGUGGAGAUAUGGGCUGUUUCUGUAUUCGUUUCUCUCAUGAUGGGAAAACGCUGGCAGCAGCAUGUGCAGGAAAGAAUGGCUAUCCCAUUGUUUUGUAUGAAAUUCCUUCUGGGCAGUUCCUGAGAGAAUUUUAUGGUCACCUUAACAUAGUGUAUGAUCUUUGUUGGUCAAAAGACAAUCAACACCUUCUUACAGCAUCCUCUGAUGGCACUGUCAGAAUGUGGAAAAUAGAAAUGCAGGCAGCAUCUGCAGUGAGAGUUUUCCCUCAUCCUUCAUUUGUUUACACUGCAAAGUACCACCCAAUUGCUGACUCCUUGGUUGUGACAGGAUGUUAUGACUCAGUGAUUAGAAUCUGGAAUGCAAAUGUGAAAGAAAUCCAUGGGCAACUGCUACAGGAGCUUGAUGGUCACAAAAGUUUCAUCAACACACUUUGUUUUGAUGCAGAAGGGCUCCACAUGUUCUCAGGAGAUAGUUCAGGACUGAUAAUAGUUUGGGACACAUCUGUCAAAGGAAGUUCUCAACACCUGUUUCAACACUGGAGAAUUAAUAAGGAAAUAAAAGAAAAUGAUAUUAAAGGAACACCAAUAAAUCAUUUGGAGGUGCAUCCAAAUGGAAGGCGUUUAUUAAUCCAUGCCAAAGACAGUACCCUGAGAAUCAUGGAUCUCAGAAUAUUGGCUACAAAGAAAUACAUAGGUGCCACAAAUUACAGAGAAAAGAUUCACAGCACCUUAACACCAUGUGGUACGUUCCUAUUUUCUGGAAGUGAAGAUGGAAGGGCUUAUGUUUGGAAUCCAGAAACAGGUGAUCAGGUCGCCAUAUAUUCUGAACUCUCCUUCACAUCGCCACUUCGUGAUGUUGCGUUUCAUCCACAUGAACACAUGGUGUCAUUUUGUGCCUUUGGUCAAAACCAGCCAAUACUUGUAUACAUUUAUGAUUAUAAAGUUGCACAACAGGAAGCUGAACUCGUAAAAGAUCUCAGUUCAUCACUUACCACAGCUGCACCAAGAGGGCCACAGUUGUUUAGCAGUUUUUCUGAAAUUCCUGUACAAAGAAGUUCAGUGAUGUGUCCAGCAGAUCAGUUUGUCAGUGUUGCAAGAGCAUCAAUGAGAAUGCAGAAGGUGAAACAAAAACUGGAUUCUGUUAUGGCAAGCUCAAAUCUCUUGCUUCCUGCGCCAUCAUCGCUGUCACCACACUCCAAGCUAAGACUGCAAGGCACUCUGAGCACUCCCCUGAAUCCUCCGUAUUUGUUCACUCCUAAAAGUGGGUGUUUCAGCCCAGUAGGAGAUCCUCUUAGCCGAACACUAUUGGGUAGACUACAGACGAACAAUGACUGCCUGACUGCACUGGGGGUGAGAGGAGGAAGCAGUUGUCCACUCGGGCAAGAGACAGUAGUGGCUCUUUAUGACUACACAGCGCAUCGAUCAGAUGAGCUAACCAUCCAUCGCAGUGACAUUAUCCAAGUGUUAUACAAAGAUAAUGAUAACUGGUGGUUUGGCAGCUUAGCAAAUGGACAGCAAGGCUAUUUUCCAGCUAAUUAUGUGGCUGGUGAAAAAGAAUAUGAAGAACAACCUUCAGGAUUAGUGCCAGAUUCUACUCCUCUCCUACCUGAAGGACCAACAGAAGCAGAGGAACGUUCUCCAACACUAAGACAUAAGAUGUCACCAGUCACGAGUAAGUCAGGGGACCUAAAAUUUAGCUCGGAGCAUGACACAGAUAGAGACUCACCUGCAACACAAGGUGCAAAGAAAAGGAUACAGAGGAACGAGAGGGAAAAUCAGCACAACUUAAUGAGUCUCGAUACUCCCGUAUCAUCAGUUACAGCUAACGGUGUUGAAAAUGAACCUACAGCCCAUGGGGUGAAACUGAAGAAGAAGAAAAAGGCAGUGAGAGGCUCAAAUUUAAGCACAAACGGAAAGACAAAUACUGCCUUUGAGCCUGAACGCUAUGACAUACAGUCAUAACUUAAU